AUGCUCCCGCCAACUGUUUCCUGUAGAGCCUGCAGUUCCACCUGCAGCCUACAAGCCCUGGCUGCCGCCCACCCCGUGUUCCGUUCCACUCGAAUCCGACCUUCAUUUCUCGCGACUUGUCGUCAUGCGUUGAGUCCUGACUCCAGGAGGUCCUUUCACUCGACCCCCGAACGCUUUUCAACCUCCCGGUCCCCACGGAUCUCCUAUCGGGUUGCCGUCUCGUCCUCCGGCAAAGGACGCCGCUUCCACCCCCUCAAAAAUGCAUAUAAUUUCAACCCCAGCACUUCCAAUGUGAUAGGUGUUACUAAGGACAAGAACCCGAGUACUCGCCGGCGUGGCCGGCCUGACAGCGGCGAGGAUGCUUUCUUCGUGAGCCGGGUCGGCUCCGGAGAGCAUGCCGGUUCGGAAGAUGCAGUCGCUUUCGCGGUAGCAGAUGGCGUCGGCGGAUGGACCGAGUCCCGCGUCGAUCCGGCGGACUUCUCACACGGUCUAUGCGGGUACAUGGCAGACACGGCGCUGGCUUGGGACGAACCCGCCGACAAGUUACGACCCAAGCAGCUAUUGCAGACCGGCUACGAUCAGAUCGUUGCCGAUCCGGCUGUCAAGGCCGGAGGCAGUACUGCCUCCGUUGGUGUAGCGCUACCGGAUGGCCGCGUCGAGCUGGCCAACCUGGGCGACUCGGGUUCGGUCCUGCUCCGCCGGGCGGCCGUUCACCACUACUCGAUUCCGCAAACCCACGGCUUCAACACUCCCUACCAGCUCAGCAUUAUUCCUCCUCGCAUGCGUGCUCAGGCCUCCGUCUUUGGUGGAGCCUUUCUCGAGGACUUCCCUCGCGACGCUGUCGUCACCAACGUUCAAAUGCAGCACGGCGAUGUGCUCAUGCUAGCUACUGAUGGCGUCUUCGACAACCUCAACAACCAGGACAUCCUCAAGCUGGUAACCAGCCGGAUGAUCCUGACGGGAGCAUGGACAGCUGCUCCCGAUAUUGCUGUCAGUGUCUCAGAUAGCCUGGCUGCACUGACUGUACCCGGCGGACUUGCUGAGACUUUCUACCCUCCUUCGUCAUCCGAUUUUACAUCGAAGGGGGGCUCGAACGAACUGUCAAAACGCUUAGAAACUACCUUGACACUCCAGUCCCUCCUCGCAGCCUCUAUUGCUGGUGAAGCCAAGCUCGCUAGUGUCGAUUUUCGCCGCGAUGGACCCUUCGCCAAAGAAGCCCAGCGCUACUACCCGGGCGACUAUUACCGCGGUGGCAAAGUUGAUGACAUCUGCGCCUUAGUACUCGUCGCAGUAGACGAAAGUCCGGCAGGUUGCAGCGGCUCCGAGUAA